UCCACCCCUCCCUCGCCGCCUCUGACCGCCGUCCUGUGGCAAUGGAGCCGUAAGUUACCCAAAAGCCUCUGUGUGCUUAAACCGAGCCGAGCGCGUGAAGGAGCAACGGACCCGAGCAGGCGGCGCGAGGCUGGAGUCGAGACCGCAACACCGUAUUUAACACACACACACGGAUUACUUUUUCUUCUUUUUUUUAGCCACCAUUUUUUAUUUGGGUUUAACUCUGGUCAUCACGUCGUUCUACCGUUGCGCGGCGAAGAUGCAGGGGAAGGAGGCGAGCUCGUGCACGGGAUGCUGGAGACUAACGCUGCUGUCGUGCGUCCUGGUUCUGCACUGGACCCCGCUGCCGGUGCACGGAAAUGUUGUCGGCACCAACGUCACGGAGCCGGACAGCGUGGCCAACGUCACCUCCCUGCUUAGCGAGGAGGAGGGCCCUGUCGCGGUCAUCGCCGCGGUAACCGGGAUGAGCAGCUCGGCCGGUCCCGCCACCGCGGCCCCCGAGCCGCCGGCGGCGGCGGCGGGCCCGACCCCCCGCGCCAGCGAGGAGGACGAGCAGAGCAGCGGCAUGUUCGGCGACGCGACGGUUCGCCCGUUGGAGGAAGCGGGCGUGGCGGCCCCGCCCCAGCUGAGCCCCGACUCGGCCGAGACGGAGCACCUGCUGCCCGGCGGCGAGGUCGCGCAGAGCGAGGAGGAGGUGGUGGCGGAGGAGGAGGAAGAGGAGGAGCGUUCGCCGCACACCGACCCGCCGUGGAUCCACGCCGAGGACACGGCCGUCUUUGACAUGGACGACCUCUUCACCGCCGCCGCCGCCGCCGCCGCCGCUCAGCCCACCGCCGCCACCAACCCCGCCUCCCCCGACGUCCUCCACGUGGACUUCUUCGACCCCUCUUCUCGGGGCCGUGGCCUCGACCUGGCCCCGCCCUCUCCUUCAUCGCUGGCCCACGAGCUGCAGGGAGGCGACUCGACCUCCUGGGCGAUGCCGGGCAGCUACGACUACCUCACCCCUUACGAGGACGGCGCGUCCCCCACCGCCGACGAGUUCACCUACAGCACCACGACGGACGCCCACGAGAGCGACGACGACCUCCGCCUCUCCGCCGGGUCUCGACCCAAGCCUCGGGCCCCGGGCCCCGACGUCGGACCUCCGGCACCGAAGGGCCCCGCGGCGGCUCCUCCUCCUCCUCCUCCCGCGGCGGCCUCGCCGGUGGACGGGUCGGACGGGAUGGGCGGGUGCCGCGCGGGGUUCCAGGUGGGGAACGGAAGUUGCCGCUCGCCAUGCGACACGCUGCCCAACUUCUGCUUCAACGGGGGCCAGUGUUACCUGAUGGAGGGCAUGGGGGUCUUCUGCAGAUGUAACACCCAGGACUACAUCUGGCACAAGGGCGCGCGCUGCGAGUCGGUGGUGACGGAGUUCCAGGUGAUGUGUCUGGCCGUGGGCGCCUCGGCUCUGGUGGUGCUGCUGCUCUUCAUGAUCGUCGUCUGCUUCGCCAAGAAGCUCCAUGUGCUCAAGACGGAGAACAAUAAGCUGCGCAAGCGCAGCAGUAAGUACCGGCCUUCCUCGGAGCAGCACAAUGAUAAUUUCUCGCUGUCCACCAUCGCUGAGGGCUCCCACCCAAAUGUAAGGAAACUGUGCGACACCCCUCCUAACGUCCCUCAUGCCCGUGCAUUGGCUUACUAUGAUAACAUUAUCUGUCAGGACGAUCCUAAUUCCCAGAACAAGCUGGAGGACCCGGUGAAGGCCCAGCCCAAGGAGGACGACUCUCUCAACAUCCACAACUCCCUGACCCCCAAACACGAGAACCACAAGGUCCUGGGCGAGGACAACUCCUCGGAGGUAAACUCACUGCAGAACAACAUGAUGUGAAAACAAAAUACAACAACCCCAACCGACAACACAACACUGAAAAACGACAAAAGGUGCGGCGGCAACGGGAGUCUCCCUAAACCCCUCCCUGCUCUCCGCCCACUGCCGGUUGAGCCUCACGGGUCAACCAACCAACCAGCCAAGAAACCAACCAACCAGCCAAGCAACCAACCUACCAACCAACCAGCCAAGCAACCAACCUACCAACCAACCAACCAACCAGUCAAGCAACCAACCUACUAACCAAUCAACCUACCAAUCAACCAGUCAAGCAACCAACCUACCAACCAACCAGCCAAGCAACCAACCUACCAACCAACCAGCCAAGCAACCAACCUACCAACCAACCAGUCAAGCAACCAACCUACUAACCAAUCAACCUACCAAUCAACCAGUCAAGCAACCAACCUACCAACCAACCAGCCAAGCAACCAACCUACCAACCAACCAGACAAGCAACCAACCUACCAACCAACCAGCCAAGAAACCAACCUACCAACCAACCAGCCAAGCAACCAACCUACCAACCAACCAGUCAAGCAACCAACCUACUAACCAAUCAACCAGUCAAGCAACCAACCUACCAACCAGCCAAGCAACCAACCAAACAACCAGUCAAGCAACCAACCAACCAACCAACCAACCAACCAACCAACCUACCAACUAAAUAGUCAAGCAAGCAAGCAACCAACAUACCAACCUACCAACCAACCAACCAACCUGCCAACCAACCAACCAACCAACCUGCCAACCAGCCAAGCAACUAACUUACCAACCAACCAACCAGCCAACCUACCAACCAACCAGCCUGCCAACUUACCAGCCCACCAACACUGGUCUGCAACCGUCUCCAACAUGGCAACACUGCCACCAAAUGGCCUCGGGCUGCUGCAAAAAUAAAUAAAUAAACGUACACCACCACCGCCACCGCCGCGACCACUACCCCCCGCCCCCCUCCUGAGCCUAGCCUCACCCCGCCGCCACCUUGCAACGUCCUCUAACAUCCACUCACGCCCCUUUUCCCCUUGUUGCUGUCACUCUAAUCCCUUAUCCCUCUUACCUGCGCACACACACACACACACACACACAUACAGUGAAAAGAUGAAAACAUAGACAUGCGUAUCUGUACACAAACACACACACACCCACACCCACACACACACACACACACACACACACACCUUCCCUUGCCUGCAUUGGUGUAUUUUGUAAAAAGAAAGAAAUCAUACAGAAGUUUAAAACGUACGUAAAACGUCAUUGUAAAGAAAGAAAAAAAGAAAAGAUAAAGCUACUGAGAGGUUUUGAUGUUUGUCUGACUAAUCCAGUGAGUAUGUAUAAAUAUUGGAGAAAAAAAAUAAUUCCUCGGAUUGAUUUACAAAAGAAGAAACACAAUGUGUCUUGGUUUUCAUUGAUGUGAUUUCUAAUCCUUUGAUGUACUUGUUUUCUUUUGUUGGGUUUUUUUUGUACUUUUUUGGGGACUUUGAACAGAGAAUAAAACAAAACGAGAUUCAGACAGUUGUUGAAAUAAACCUUUUUAACAUGA